AUGCCAGAAAAUACCAAAGCGGCGCAGAGGAUACGCCAGGUUUCUACCCACCUCAGCCCUCAGAAACUGCCGGUGGACUACUCCGACGUGUUUGACGACAUGAAGCUGCUGCGCUCCAUGGCCUCAACCCCAGACACCUCGCGGCGCGGGUACAUUCGUCAGAAGGAAGCUGGGAAGCUAUGGGUCCGGGAACGCCUAGAACAACUCCUCGACCAAGGCAGCUUCACCGAGAUUGGCUCCUUGUCAGGUACAGUCACAUGGGAGAAGACGGGCCCGACGACUGAUAAACCCGUAUCAUUCAUCCCCAGCAACAACAUCCAGGGAAUGGGCCGCUUGAAGGGACGCAAGGUCCUCCUUACGGCUGAUGAUUUUACUAUACGAGGCGGCCAUCUCGAUGGUUCCACAGCUGGCAAGACGAUAUACCUCGAAAAGUUGGCCUUGGCUCUGAAGCUUCCCAUGAUCAAGCUGGUGGACGGCAGUUCCGGCGGAGGCAGCGUCACCAUUAUUGGGACCCAAGGCUGGAGUUACUUGCCGAGCCUGCCCGCGUUUAGGCACAUUGUGGACCAGCUAAAUCAAGGGAUUCCCAACCUGGGCGCGGUCGUGGGACCUGCGAUUGGGCUCGGUGCGGCUCGCGUAGUCUCGUGUCACUUUUCCGUCAUGGCUGCAGACAUUGGCUCGCUCUUCAACGCCGGCCCCGAAGUUGUCAAAGGCGCCGCUCUUGGCAACGACUUGAACCCCCAGACCUUGGGAGGGCCGGCGAUACAUUGCACCAAUGGUACUAUUGACAAUAUGGCCAGGGAUGAGGCGGAAUGCUAUGAGCAGCUUCGCACCAUGCUAAGCUAUCUGCCGAACUGCGGUGUAGAGGCACCACCCGUGAUCCCGUCCACAGACCCCGAGAACCGCACAGAUGAGUCCCUUCGCCGCGUCAUCCCUCGCCGUCCGACGCGCAUGUACAACCCUCGGACCAUCAUCUCGAGCGUGGUUGACCGAGAAUCGUGGUUUGAAAUUGGGCCACUUUGGGGCCGGACGGCAAUCAGCGGUGUGGCUAGACUCGGCGGGCGACCUGUGGGAAUCAUCUCGCUGAACUGCGAGGUGAAUGGAGGAACGUUGGAUGCGGCAGGCAGUCAAAAGCUGACGAGGCUACUAAAGUUGUGUGAUGUGAUGAACUUGCCGGUGCUGCAGUUUAUCGAUGUCCGAACAACUACAGCCGGAUAUGCUAUUGGCCCAGCUGCCGAAAAGGCUGCAACGAUGCGCUGGGGUGUCGAACUGGCCAAGACAUACUUUGACACCACGACGCCGCUAUUCAACGUCAUUACACGGCGCGUGUAUGGCGUGGCAGGUGGCGUCAUGAUCAGUUCGCGAGAUCCCGUCAUGCAGGUUGCCUGGCCCUCCGGUCAAUGGGGUUCUCUCCCGCUCGAGGGAGGCAUCGAGGUCGCACACCGACAUGAACUAGGCGAGGCAGCCAAAGUAGGUAAGAAGGCUGAGCGGUACAAGGAGCUGGAUGAUGAGUAUCGUCGACUGAUGAACCCUGUUCGAACGGCAAAUGCGUUUGGAAUAGAGGAGAUUGUAGACCCCAAGGACACGAGGAGUAUAUGCUGUGCUUGGGUCAAGCAUGUAUACAAGACAUUGCUGCCACAGAGGCUGUUGGACCGGGCUGCAGGAAAAAUAGUGCCCAAGUUUUGCUAG